UCGACGUUAGUGUGGGUGCGUUGUGCGUGCGUGCGUUCAUGAAUUUGUGAGUGCUUUUUCAUGUUUGUGUGUUUUUCUGACGCCGUUUGUGACUUGUCUGUCAUCCCUCUAAUUUUGGAUUUUAUCACUAAAACCCUUCAAACUGUCGUCUUUGGGCCGGCAGGAUGCUAAAGUUCAUACGCGGCAAGGGCCAGCAGCCCUCUGCUGAGAGGCAGAAACUUCAGAAUGAACUGUUUGCCUUCCGCAAGACAGUACAACACGGCUUUCCUCACAGAGCAUCAGCGCUAGCAUGGGACCCCCUCCUCAGGGUGGUAGCGCUUGGCACAGCCACCGGCGCCCUGAAGGUCUACGGAAGACCAGGCGUCGAGCUCUAUGGACAGCACACAAACUCAGACUCUAGCGUCACACAGAUACACUUUAUUCCCGGCACAGGCCGACUAGUAUCACUAUCAGACGACAACAGCCUCCACUUAUGGGAGAUAAACGAGAAAUCCCUCGUGGAGCUGAAGACAUACAUAUUCGAAGGCAAGAAUAAGAAGAUAUCGUCCCUAUGCGUCGAGUCUACGGGGAAGCACCUGUUGAUCGGUACUGAGGGAGGGAACAUAUACAACCUGGACCUUAACACGUUCGCCGUCACCGAAGAUGUGAUAUAUCAGGAUGUUGUUAUGCAGAAUUGUCCAGAAGACUUCAAAGUGAACCCCGGCGCAGUGGAAGCUCUCUGCGAGCACCCGAAGGUCCCGUCGCGACUGCUCAUAGGCUACAACCGAGGCCUCGUCGUGUUAUGGGACCGUUUGGCCGCGGCGCCAACGCACACAUUCGUCUCCAACCAGCAGCUGGAGAGCUUGUGUUGGAAUGAUGAAGGCGAGCACUUCACAUCGUCCCACAACGACGGGUCCUACGUAACAUGGGAGGUGGCCGGAGCCAACAGCGACCGGCCUCUGAAGGAACCCAUCACGCCGUACGGACCCUACCCCUGCAAGGCCAUCAACAAGAUCUUGAACAGGACCAGCGUUGAUGGCGAUGAGAUCACUAUUUAUGCGGGUGGUAUGCCACGAGCUUCAUACUCCGACAAAUACACAGUCACAGUACAACAGGGAGAGAAACACGUCGCAUUCGAUUUUACUAGCCGAGUAAUCGAUUUCUUCACAACGACCCCGGUGCCUCCGGACGGCGUGCCGCUACAGGAGGACCGGCCCGACACUCCCGCGCAGAUGCAGUUGCAAACCGUCAACCAAGUCGCCGCUGCUUUGGUUGUAUUAGCAGAAGAAGAGUUAGUAGUAAUAGACCUAUGCGACGAUCGCUGGCGUCCUCUCCGCCUACCGUACCUCGUGUCUAUUCACGCGUCCGCCGUCACUACCGCACAGUUGGUCGACAAUGUUGCAUCCAAUGUUUAUGAGAAUAUCGUCGCUGCUGGUCAACAGCAAAGCGAAAACGUCUACUCUGAAAGCGCAUGGCCGAUCUCCGGCGGCGUCGCGGAGACUCCCGAGCACGCGGAGCGACAACUGCUACUCACGGGGCACGAAGACGGCUCCGUGAGGUUCUGGGACGUUAGCGGAGUCGCCAUGACUCCUCUCUACAAGUAUACUACGGCACAGCUGUUCAGUGGUGAAGAAAUAGGCGAGAACAAUGACAGUCAGACCGACGAAGAGGAAUGGCCUCCUUUCAGACGAGUGGGAACUUUCGACCCCUAUAGUGACGAUCCAAGACUUGCUGUCAAACGGGUAAUCCUAUGCCCACUUUCCGGAAUGCUGACAAUCGGUGGUGCCGCUGGUCACAUUGUUAUCGCGAGCCUCAAGACCUCAUCAAACACUGCUGAAGUUAAGUCUGUGACAGUGAACAUCGUAUCAGAUCGCGACGGCUUUGUGUGGAAGGGACACGAUCAGCUGACUUUAAGAUCAGGAUCACUAACAUUCCCACAAGGAUAUCAGGCGAGCUCGGUGCUGCAGCUGGUCCCCCCGGCGGCGGUGACGGCGCUGGCGGCGCAGUGGGAGUGGGGCGUGGUGUGCGGCGGCACGGCGCACGGGCUGGCGCUGCUGGACGCGCUGGCCUGCCGCCCGCUGCUGCACAAGUGCACGCUCAACCCGCACGAUCAUUCCGGUGCUGGCGACACGCCAAUUUCAAGAAGAAAGUCGUUCAAGAAGUCCCUGAGGGAGUCGUUCAGAAGACUGCGGAAAGGAAGGUCACAGCGGCGACAGACUACCACGUCGAGCCCCACUUCACCCACACAACCAAUCCCGAAAAAGCCCACAGACAAGGCGGCAUCAGACACGGACGCGGAAUUAAAGCCCGUAGAGCGGGCGAUCGAAGCGAGACCUACGGAUGACGGGUUCGGCUCUAUGGUGCGCUGUCUAUACUUCGCUAGGACAUUCCUUAUUAACACACAAAACUCAACACCAACCCUAUGGGCGGGCACAAACAACGGCACAGUGUACGCGUUCACGAUAACCGUCCCCAACACGAACAAGAGGAAAGACGAGCCCGUCACCUGCCAGCUCGCCAAGGAGAUACAGCUCAAGCACCGCGCCCCCGUCAUCGGCAUCACCGUGCUCGACGGAGCUGCCGUGCCGCUGCCUGAGCCGCUAGAGGUUGAGCGCGGCGUGUCGCCGCUGCCGGAGAGCGGCACGCAGCGCGUGGUGAUCACGUCGGAGGAGCAGUUCAAGGUGUUCACGCUGCCGUCGCUCAAGCCGCACAACAAGUACAAGCUCACCGCGCACGAGGGCGCCAGGGUCCGUCGCACAGCGUUCGCGUGGUUCGAGUGUCCCGGAGCAGCAGGCGGGCUGCACCGCGAGUGGUGCCUGCUGUGCCUCACCAACCUCGGCGACUGCCUCGUGCUCAGCCCCGAGCUGCGCCGACAGCUCAACGCCGCCGCCGUGCGCAAGGAGGACAUCAAUGGCAUUUCAAGUUUAUGCUUCUCGAAACGAGGCGAAGCUCUCUACUUGCAUUCUUCGUCGGAAUUACAACGGAUCACUUUAUCUGCUACUAAGGUGACGAUAGCACAGUGCCACAUAAUUCUGUCGCCGUGGGCGGCCGCGCUGCGUGGUGCAGUAGAAGAACCGCCGCUAACGAAUGGCGAACACAAGGAGGAGUCAUCAGAAGCGCCUCACGACGUGACAGCGGCGUCGGCCGACAUCACAGUAGACUCCGUACGCGACCACACGCAAGCACCGCCCGACAACCAAGCUGCGCCCGAACUUAAUAUUAACUUACAGAACUCGCAAGUAAACACAUCGUCUAUGGUAGUGAAGACUACCACGCGCACCACGGUCAGCGAUACCAACGGUGACGGUACAACCACCACCACCACUACCAACAGCACCAGCGAGAACAUAGACCCUGGCAAACACGCGCGGCCGCCACGAGUUGCCGAGAAGAACGUGCGAUGGUACUCAUGAAGCGGUGUUACACAGACGGGCACAGUGACGGUCCCGGCCGGCACCGACCCCAAGCUGAUCCUCGAGAUGUUUGACCGCCAGCGCUCGCCGCUCGCCGUGCCCGUGCCGCCGCAGCCCGCCGCCGCCGAGACCAACUAACCGCGCACAACACCCAACUAUGCACUACGCUGCCGGCCCCCAUACCGGCUCUAUAUUCCGCCACUUGUCUAUUCCAACCGUAUCGUUCAACCGGUAUUCAAACCACCGACCCCAGACGAAAUACCGGCGCUUUUUAUCAUUUGACAAAAAUUGUAUUAAGAGUGACAACGUUUAGUUUUUAAUACAACUAGUAUAAUUUGUAAACGUAUUUAUAGCGAUAAAUUUCCUUCUAUGCCUAGACAGCUAAAGGUACUGCCAUGAAUUCAUUUCUCCUUAUUAACGAAAGUCAAUUCGGUUAAUCUAGGUAUUCGAAAACUAUCCAAUUAGGAGCAUUUCCUGUACAUUUAUGUAUUAUGUAAUUCCUUCGUGUUUUUAAGGUCUAUUUGCAUUUUAUUAUGUUAACUUUAAUAUUAUUUACUAUCGGUUUAUGUGGCUUGCGUGUUUAUAUUAUGGCGACUACUUUGGAUGUAAUUUUCUUUGCAAUGUUGUGUAUUAUUUAGUUAAAAAUAUAUAAAUAGAUGCUUAAUCUGUACUUAACAGUAUCACGAGAAUUUUCUAUUAAAUGAGAUUAUGUUAACUGCAUUAUUUAAUUGUUCUUAGUUCUAUUUUUAACAUGGCAACCCGAGGUAAUGCUUGCAAGCUUCAGUAUGUAAACACAAGAGCUUCGUCGCGUAGGCAUCCAGGCGACCAAUCCAUAACAAAAUGUAACGAGUAUGUUUAUGUUAGUACAAAAUCCGGAACGCCAUAGCAACGUUUGUUGUAACCAGCAAUACUACAAUAUAAUUGUGGAUUGUUUUAAGUAAUUUAUAGUUAAGAGAACAAUGUGAAAUUAAUAUUCUAAUUUAGCUCGUUAAGUUAGUAUUUCGAACAUUCGGAGUGAAUGUGAUGUGCCUAUUUAUUUCUUUUUUAUUAUAAUAAAGAUUGUAUCUAGGUGAUAGCAUUAGAAACAUUUGACAAUUAGUAACGACUAGAUUAUAUUUUAUUAUGAAUAGCAUUUAGAUUUUCCACAGCAAGUUGGAGUGAACAUUUUUAUUGCCAAUUUUAUAUUAAUAUUAUAGAAAAAUUGUUGUAUUACCUUGCAGUGUUUCACUUAAAUUGAAUUGUAUAUUCAGUAAAUAUUAAUUUUAAUAAAUUAUAAUGUUGUACGAAUGAAAAGUUUUAUGCAAUAUUUUUUUAGCUUUUUAAUCCUUUUAUUUUUUAACCAGUUAGCAAUUUUAUUUUGUACCUUAAUUGGAAUAUUCUGUUAUGUUUUAAAAAUCAAUGGCAGCUAGUUAUAUCGGAAUAUGUUUGAGCACAUCUUACUACACAUCACAAUUGUGAUCUAAGGGGAUUGAUUAUUGUUUUAGACAUAUAUUUUAUUCAUAGAUAUAAGUUAAUGUGCCUGUCUUUUGUUGGUAAAUUGGGCCUCUUUCGGCCAUAUCAACAACCAUAGUAACAUUUACUGUAGGAAGCGUCAAGGGUACUCAUAUGGCGUCCAAAAUGCUUCUAUUUAUAGUAUAUACAAUUUUUCUCCUUAUACUGUGGCAUUUUAAUAAACAUUUGAUACGAAAUUAGCAAUUUGUAUCCAACAUUCUUACAAGAAAUAAAAGCUAAGACUAUA